CGCGAUCAACCUUAGAUAGACAGUAUUUCGUCGUCUGUCGUCGAAUACCCCCCCGGAUAUCCUGCAUCGAUGCCAACAUAUACAUCAUGGAGCCUUCUGCAAAGCUCGCUUUGCAGAUACAGCCAGAGAGGGGUAUUGGCUGGAUCACACUCGGCUCAUCUCUUCAUAGUGUCUUGACAAGAUUGAAAGCCUCUCCACAGACAUACUGCAGCAUUGAUCUGUCAUACUCUGCAGCACAGCCAAUCACGUCGCCCAUCAUUCUGAAUCUCCCUUACAACGGCUUAAGGCUUCGAUUUGACGGUCCGGACCAGCGAUUACGCUUGAUUGAAGUUCUGGACUUUUCCGCGGUAACCCUUGUGUAUAAGAACACCGAUCUCGUUCGCCGUGCUAAGAGUACGGAUGGAACCAACCCAGAGGAAGGGCCUACCACCCUCGGCCCAACGUUUCGUCAUAUUUACAGUCGACUAUUUGGACCUACAUAUGCUGGAGAGUACCUGCCUCCUGAACAGGGACGAUCAGCUGGAACAUACAUCCUAUCGUAUCCGGGGUUGGCCUUUAAUUUCCCCAUCAAGCAUCAAUCCUGGUCGGAAAAGGUAGAUUUCGUCUCUAUACUUUCAUCAAAUGCCACCGGCCCAGCAGUUUCCAUGGCCAUCUUUUCCGGGUCUUCCUGGACAGAGGCACGAUCUACUCUAUACACAAAAUCCCCGACGUAUCCCAGGCUCUCACUACUCAUCGGCAAGUCCGCAGAAACGAUUGCUGAUGAGAUUGAAGAAGUAAAAGUGCUAGGUGGUAGUAAAAUCGAAUUUGUACGCAGGAAUACGCCCUCGUUUACACUCACUCUGAGCGAGGCCACUCCUCAGGAUGUGGUAGCCGAGCUAGGGCCUCCAGAUGCUGUUUACCGUAAGAGUGAUCGCCGAAUCUCUAUACACGCCACGGGUAAGCCUUCCAAUCGACGACUCCCGAGUAUGUCGCCAGCACUUGAUCCUCAGGCGCUUGACACAGACCAGUCGUCGAUGCAAAGCUACACAGAAGACUCUGAUGUUGAACCGGAACUUGACGAGGAGCGUAAUAACGGAAGUAGCGACGAAUGCUUCUACAACUACUUCAAUCAUGGGUUUGAUAUUCUCAUAUCUUCUCCAGCUCCGCGGUCGCUGCCUUUCCCUGGAACCUCCAACACCGAAACUUCGAAAUCAUUCAGCACUCAACUUGUGGCCACCAAGAUAUUCUUACAUGGAAACAUUCCUGGGUCUUUUUCAUUCAAUCGUCAUCGAAGGUGCCGUUGGACGAUACAUACCAGUGACGAGGGUCAAGAGCAAGUUCUGACAUCAGAAAUGCGAUUCUCAGACGUCUCAUCUACCCUGAAGCAAAUCUGGCACGGCACUUACAGGAAUGAAGACGAAGAAAAGCAAAUGCAGAGAGGAAUGGUAUUGAACAGAGGCUGGGAACAAAGUCCUGAAAGCUCGAUCGAAUUGCUCGGAGACCUAGAGGAAAGCCCAACCCGGGGACAGGGCCUUGGGAGUGGUUCUGCAGAAGUGAUUGGGAAUGGGAUGAGCAACACGGAGUUGUUUGGAUUUCCUGGGAUGCUGUUUGAGGUCUUAAAGAAUGAUGCCAUUAGUUGUUUGACAGUAUUCUAAACGACAGCAAUCAUCUAUCGUACCGUCUAUGGGCAUGGCGAUGUAUGCCUGACUUGUUCUCUGAUUUAUGUCAGGUCCGCACCCUGG